UUACAAUAGUAAAGAUGGGUAAAUGGGGUAAAUAUAAGAAACGUUUCCAAAAGAAAUGGUUAAUAGAACCAGAACUGAAGAAUUGGCUUGAAGAAAGCAAUGAGAUUGAUGUGUUGAAUGGCAAGCAGGAAGCAUACUGUAAACUAUGCAAAUGUUAUUUGCGUGCAAAGCAUAGUGAUCUUAUCGCCCAUAAGAAAUCUAAUAAACAUUGCGAGAAAGAGCAAGUCCUAGACAGAAGAACACAGUCUUCGAUGCGACAGCAUGGUUUAUUAUCAUAUUAUAUGAUAUUAUAUUAUAUCAUAUUAUAUGAGAUACGAAAAAAAAGCGAUAUUGGGCUACAUUGCUAGGGAAUGUGCGGAUUUUGGGCUAGCUCAGCUCGCUCUAGCGGCGGUUUCUGCGGCACACAUUCUGGCAGCC